AUGUGCAAAGUAACAAACGCUCCCCUCAAGCCCAGAAAGGCUGUUGCGGCCCCAAAGACUCCAAGGAAAGUUCGAUUCGGCUAUGUUCAGGCCAAGGUGUUCCAUCAGCGCUUGUCGAGCGCGGAAAAGAAAUCAAUAUGGUACUGUGGGAAAGACUACAAAGCGAUGAACAAGCAAGUCCAUCGGGAUCUGAGAAAAGAGCUGUGUUAUGGAUUUGAUCCCAACGAUAUCGAGCGAACGUGGCGGGGUCUGGAACACAUCAGGGAAGGCGUUCCAAACGUCAAGUUGGAAAGGCGCAGAAACUUUGUUCGAUCAUUGCUGCACCUCCACAAGAAACAGGGCGUCCGAGACCCUGAACAACUUGGCGCGAUUGCAGCUGCACACAGUAGCAUCGACCAAAUACGAGCCCAGCAGUUUGCUGACUACGACGCAUACGAAGCAUCGUGUGUUUACUACGAGAAGCGAUGCUACACUUGGUGUCCCAUAGAGUCAACAGCCGAAGACUACAAGGAAUUUUGCAACAUCCCAAGGACCAAAAGUUUCAAGCCCAAUCGAACCGUUUUGACGGCUCGUGCUAUCUAG